AUGGUUGCCGUCCCCUGGGCGCCCUCUUUUAUCCGUCAAAGAAUCACGCACCCGACUGACUCCCGCGCUUGCUCCUCACUCUCUCCACACCCCCUGCUCAAGGCCACACCGACCUCCGUCUUUGACAUCCAAACGUCGCCGCAUCCCAUCCUCCAACUCCCGGCCGCCCUCCAUAAUCCAGUCCGCUCUCUCUCCAAGUCCUCCCAUCUGCACCUGCCUAUCACGCUCUCGACUCCCUCCCUCAUCGGCUGCUUUCUUCCGGAGCCCACGACGGCGGCGAUAGCUGUCUCGGGGCCGAUUUCGCGACGCGCAUUCCCCCCUCUGCUACUCUUCGACCUCCUUACGCUCGCAGCGACGCUGUCUUCGUCGCUCUUCUCGGCCCCAACAGCUGCCGCCUUGCGAAAGAAACCAUCUCAACACGAUCUACCCGUGGCGCAUCGCGACAAUCGCCUGCUUCUCACGGCCGCAGCCAAAUUCGCCCCUGCUCUGCCUCUGUUGUGGUUGUCGGUGUCACUGCGACCAUUGUGA